AUGCCAAAGAGAAUGGAAGAAGAUGAGGCCGAAUGGGAGUCGCGUAGAGAAGCCAUCCUUAACCUCUACCUCCACCAAGAUCGACCACUACAUGAUGUGAUACAAAUGCUGGCUGAUCAAGGCUUCCAGAGGACAAAGCCACAAUAUGAGCGGACGUUCAAAAAGUGGCGCGUCACUAAGAAUAUCCGUAAAGAUGAAUGGGACUUCAUCUUUCACCGUCUAAAAGAGCGUGAUGGACCAACGCGUGUAAAGGUUCGCGGCGUUACCCUAUCGAAGUCGAGGCUGGAAAGACAGAAGGCCAAACAGCAUCAAACUACGUUUAGCCGCUGUAGAUCGCAGUUCAACCCUCCUCCGCGUUCUAGAACCCCACCGGGAAUUGAGUUAUCCACACCACCAUCAACUCCUCUUGCAGAAGAUGUUGAGCUCACUGAUGAACAAGAGAAGCAUAUGGGAUCGCUGCAAGUCGCCGAUAAAGCGAUUGUUCUCGACGCUGAGGAUAUACAGUUGCCGGAGCAUACUGACGCGCCCUUGAUACGGCAGCUCGAUAUCUCUGCAUCUACCGUGCACGUAUCAACAGCGAUAUCGAACCCGAACUCCGCUAGCGAAACAUGGCUCAGGGUUGUAACAUCGCCAUCGCCACAAUUUACAGAACCAUGGACGAAGCCAUUCUUAUUCUCGAAGCCGGCUUACGACUCUUCACGGGAAAUGACUUUCAGUAGACAAACUGUCGCCCCUCCCGAUACCUCAUUGCAAACGCAGGUGUGUCUGAGCCAACGGCAUUCUAUUCCGAAACUGGCCAGCCACGUACAUCCUUUACUCCACUAUGUGUUGUCCAUCCAAACCAACACUGAGGAGAUCCUCAAUAAUCUGACGCGCCGCACGAAAGACAACGAUCAUACAUUAUUCCUUCAGAGUUUGCUUGUUUCCCAGACCUUGGAUACGGAGCUGAAACACUUUGCUCAAAAGUUUCUUGUUGAAGCGACCAUAGCCGGAGACCUGCCUCUUGUGGAAAGACUGGUCGGUGUCGGAGUAGACAUUAACGCGAGAUCAGCUCAAGGUGGAGAUAUGGAAGUUCUAAGAGAAGUCACCGCUCUUCAAAUGGCAGUUUACAACCGUCGGGAGGACCUUAUCAAGUAUUUGUUGUGUCACGGAGCAGACGAUUGGCGUGCUCGAUAUAGAGGAGCAAAUGGCUGGGUUGAAGGCUCUGUCUUAGACAUUGUUAUGGAGAUGGGAAGUCAGUCCGAGUGGAGGGUAGAAGAUCCCGGACAAAACGACAUGAUCAGCAGCAGCAUCUUGGAGGUUCUCCUCACCUUUCGAUCCCGCACCAAGGACCAGCCUGUACGGAUACUACUUCGCGCUACACGUCUAGCCGUUCUACGGAAUCGUAUGGAUCUAGUGCGUAUAUUGUUCCGCCAUUAUCCCGCACUUUUGGAAGAGGCACGAUCAGAACCGUGGCUCCUAUUGGAGGCAGCCGCAACCACCGACAGUGUCACGAUGUUCGAAACCUUAAUAUCAAUGGGUCUCUAUGUGAACUCAACAGAUCUGCGCGGCUAUGGUAGUGUGAUGGCGUCAGCGGCUCAACACUCUAAUAUGCAACUCAUAACGUAUCUCUUAAAGUGUCAUAUUGACAUCAACGGGGUUGCAUAUGGUCUUGGUCAUUCUGACGAUUUCCGCAGAGAUAUAGCUAUGUCUGAGAGGAAGCUGCAAAGCAUGCAUGGGAUGGCAGCUUUGCACAUCGCAGUGUUGAGAAGUGAUGAGCCACUCACACGCCUUUUGUUGCAUUAUGCAGCGAACUCUAACCAACUCUGUCACAGAUAUCCAUUGCAAAUCGCCGCCUGGAACGGUCACGCGGGCAUAGCUCGUAUGCUAAUCGACCAUUAUGCCGACGUUAAUGCCAAAUCCUCAGAAGAUGCGUUGCUUCUGCCUGCACUCGACUCGAAGAGAACCCCUAUCUGGUCUUCCGUACCUAAGCAUCAAACGCCGAUUCGGAUUGCGUUUGAGAGGGAUCAUCCAAAAGUUUUCAAGGUCUUGAGCGAGAAUGGCGCCACAAUGGUAGCCAGCUACUCAGAUGAAGGUCUAGCGGUCCUGUGCGACGCAAUAGCCCAAGGGAACACAAAGUUGGCAGAGCAUCUUCUUAUUGAAGGAGCAUCUAAAUUGAGUAGACAUACCAUUCGUGAAGGAAGUCGGGCAUUAGUGCUAGCAGUAAGACAUGAGAACAGUAGCAUGAUUGACAUCUUGCUCCGGGCUGGCUUCUGUCCCUACGACACUGUCGAUCCUGAGAGUGAAGGCUUAGAAGACCUUGACGAUCGACACAUGUUUUUCACCCGAGAGAGUCCUUUCGAGGUCGCGUUGGAACACCAGAAAACAGAUCCACUUAGGAAGUUUCUGGCUUUUUCGCCCGAAGUUCUCGAUAAAGAACAGAGAACAGCGCGAUACCGCCAGCUGAGCGCGGCCUACGCAUCUGCGUUGUGCUCCGAAAAUUCGAUUCUUGAAACUGCAAUCCUCCUGGAAACCGACCUAAAUCCGGAUAAAAUUGACCGAAUCAUGGGAGUGAAUUACGUUGAACAGCGACUCCAUUUUGCUCUCCAACAUGCUGCGAUGUCGAAACGUUACGCUAAGGUGGAGCGGCUUCUCGAUGCGGGUGCAAUGCCGAACUCUCCCAAUACAUUUACGGCCGAUGUAGGAAGAAUCUGGACGCCUUUGCAAUAUGCAGCAACACACGACAACGUCUCGAUUGUCAAGAAGCUAAUAGCUGCUGGAGCAAAUGUCAAUGCACCAGCUGCUUUCAUUGAUGGCAUGACUGCGCUACAGUCAGCAGCCAUCAAUGGGAAUAGCGAGAUGCUCGAGUUGCUGAUUAAAGCGGGCGCCAAUGUCAACGCUCCUCCUGGUGGUUACAAUGGAAGGACAGCACUUGAGGGAGCCGCAGAAGCAGGCAAGUAUGACAUCGCCGUCUAUCUUCUCACCACGGGUGCAGAUAUCAGAGGAAGAGACAACCUUAACUACAGAAGAACCAUCUAUCGAGCUUGGAAGAACGGCUGUAUCGAACUCGCCGAUAUGGUUCAAGAGUGGAAGAUUACGCAGUAUGGUCCACAGGACUGCAAGAAGAUCACAGAGGUGGUGGAGUCGAUAACCUCCGAGGAGCUGGAUUUUGCGAGUGGAGACGCUAUGAGAGAGUACUCGUCGCAAAUGCUUGAUUACGAUUCAGAAGAAGAGGAAGACAAUGUUGAGUUUUCGGCUGAGGACUGA